UACAAAAGAUGAAGCUACAUUUUGUGAUUGUACUGUUGACAUUGCUUGCUACAGUGACUCAAGCUUUUUCUACAGGUUUUAGUUUGUAUUUAGGGAGAAUAGUUCAACCCAAUAACUCAAUAAUUUAUGUUUCAUUAGCCAGAUGCAAUAGCUCUAAUUCAGAUCGUUUAUGUUGUAUUACUUCAGAUGAGCAUGAAACAAUGAUUUCUAAUGGUGAUAAAGGGAUGUAUAUGUGUCAAGUGCAUAAUAAAACAUUUUUAUUGGCCAUAUAUGAAGAUCUACCAGUAUAUGAUUUGCCGCCAUUGUCACUUUCUGAUUAUUACCUGAGCCUUUUACAGAAUGAAGCUUUGUUAUAUUUUAGAGCUAAUUAUGGACCAGUCAAUAGCAUAAACUGUUCAUUUAAUGAUCAAGAAAUGCAACCGGUUCCUUUCAUACAGACAGUGGAAUCAAAUUAUUCAACUUUGAUGGAAUUGAUUGUGCCACUUAAUCAAAGUGAAUCAUGGUACAAUUGCUCAGUAUCAAGCAACAAUAUAGUGCAAUCAUCAUCCCAAUUAAAAUAUGUGAAUUCUCUCAUAUGUUCGGUUGAUACAUAUUUAAAAGCUAAUAUAACAUCAAAAGAUACAGCAGCAGAUGUUACCUGGACAACUUAUACAUAUUGCAACAGAUCUCAUACCGAUGACGAAGAUGUCUUCAAUAGUCAAGUUGGAUUUGAACUAUUUCAUAAGUUCUCAGAGGACCCAGAUUCUUAUUCACCAACGUCCUGUAUGCCAGUAUCUACAUUAACAUUAUAUUCAACACAGGCAGCUACCAUAUUCCCUACAGUUACCAUAUUCCCUAGUACUGAAACCACCUCAGCACAAGAAUCACUUUAUGCUGGAAUUGGAGUACUUGCAUUUACUAAUGUCAUCACACUAAUUGUUCUACUAUUAAGUUUGUUAUGUUUACUGAAUCAAAGAAAGAAGAAGAGAUUGAACAUAAGUGAGAGGGAACAAACAGUAUCCUUACAAAACACAUCUCCUCAAACUGAAGCAACAAGUCACAACACUGAAACUAACCUAACCAGUAACAAUAACACUAACAUUACUUCUGGUACUAACAUAUACUCCUCAGUUGAAGAUGAGGUUGAUCAUAAUCAUCAUCAUCAUCACCGCCCACCAGUAAGAGUAGCCAGUCAAUAUGAAGUACCUCUGGACUUAUUACAACAAGCACAUGUUCCUCUCCCUCCUCCUCCUCCUCUUUAUGCUACUCUUGAUGAUCAACAUGAUCUUACUCUACCCAACCCUGAGUAUAUUACUAAUACAGCAGUAACAGCACCUAAUCCUGGUUAUAUUACUAAUAUAACACCUAAGGCUAAUCCUGGGUAUAGCAGUACUGCUAUCAAAGAAGAAGGAGAAGGGGGAGAGAGAGGAGAGGGAGAGAGGAGAGAAGAAUUGGAUUACAGUUAUGCCACUGUUAAUAAGUUCCUCAAGAAACCCACUGAGGACACUGAGUAUAAUAAACUCCAGCAUGAUUAGCAUACAUAGUCUGCUUCAGACUGCUUGUGUGUACAUAUAUUGUUGAUUUUUAUUUUGUAUACAACUAAACUAUGUCCUCUUUAAUUAUCAUGACUCAGUUUUUCAAAAUAUAUU